GUGACGUCAUCCGAGCGCGUCAACUCCUGGCAUGCGCGGCUUCCGUGUAUGUGCGCCCACCUUUCUGGAAACAUUGAUGCUGAGGGAUGCCCAAGAAGUUUCAGGGUGAGAAUACUAAGUCAGCCGCAGCCCGUGCCCGGAAAGCAGAGGCAAAGGCUGUGGCAGAUGCAAAGCGCAAGCAGGAGCAGGAGGAUGCAUUUUGGCAAGAUGAUGACAAACACGUUCAGCGCAAGGAGCAAAGAAAGGAGGAGAAAGAGAAACGCCGCUUGGAGCAGCUGGAAAGAAAGAAGGAAAUUCAGCGCAUGAUAGAAGAGGAGGAUGCUACUUUGAAGGGAAAGGCCCAAGCAAAAGCAGUGGAGUCUUCAAAAGUAACACGAGCACAAAUAGAGGAAACACUGCGUAAAGAAGAUGAAAGUAAAACUGUUGUUGAAAAACCCAAAACUCACAUUGAAAUGCCUCUUGAAGAAAACGUGAACCGCCGUGUCCUGGAAGAAGGGGAGGUAGAGGCACGUACUGUGGAGGAUGCCAUUGCAGUUCUGAGUAUUGGCAAAGACCUUGACCGUCAUCCUGAGCGUCGAAUGAAAGCAGCCUUCACAGCCUAUGAAGAAAUAAACUUGCCCAGACUGAAGCAGGAGAAUCCAAACAUGCGCCUAUCCCAGCUCAAACAACUCCUAAAGAAAGAAUGGAUGAAGUCACCCGAGAAUCCAAUGAAUCAGCGACAUGCAACAUACAAUGCAAACUAACAACCCUUGUAACUUAUAACAUAUGAACAACUAUGCCAACUAUUUUCUGCCCCAGCUUCUUCAAGAAUGGGAUUGUAGCUAAACACAAGCUAUAUAUUUGUGUUAAUGGGCGGUUGUAUUUCUUUUGUUAUUUUUUAUUUUUAGGAGGGAGUGGUCUAUGUGUAGGAGUCCACAAUGAACUGUCAUUAUAGUGAACGUGACCUGGGUGUGCCAAAAGGUUUUCUGGGGAAGUGAAAAGAUAAUAGUAAAGACUGGUUUAUGAAGAAAUUUGGUUCAUGGCCAAAUUUCAACCUUUUGUACCAUACUGGUCUCCAACAUAUAUUAAUAUAUAGGAUCAUCAUUGAGUCCAAUCCACCCAAACAAAAGAAUAUUAUUUAAGAAUUAUGCACCUGAUGUUUAAUAAAUGUAAUGAAUUUAAGACGGUGA